AUGGCCAGCAGAAUGGAUGUUGACUCUCCUAACCCUAAUACCCGCAAGAGACUCUCGGGCCCAUUCCCCUCUGCGCCCCCGACCAAGGCGCAAGAUCCUCGGCUUGCCGGUACCGUUAGGCAAUCAGUUGAUCCUCAAUCUUCAAAUGCCCAACAGGCACACCCGAACCUCCCCGCCUACCCCUCCUUCAUCCUGAAACCCACAAACUCGCUUCCACAGGUGCCUCCUCCAUCAAUCCCUAACAGCGCCCCGGGCCCUACACCCACAAAAAGCCCCAGUUACCAAGGCGCAUCGUUCAUCUCAGAUUUGGUCAACUCAUUGAUCAAAGUGAACAAGUGCGAGGAAGAGAAAGAGAGACUCCAAAAGGAAAUAGUUUCUAUCUCCAAAAACCUACAGAGGGCGAAGCAAUCCCAGCAAUUCCCAAGCGUCAUCGCUCACUUCCAGCAACAGCUGGACGCGGCGAAUGAUGAAUUGGCCAACCAUGUCAACUCGAUCAUUCAGCAUCGAUCGCUCUCUAAUCAGGCGCAGGAUACUUUUAAUUCGAUAUUGUCGCAGUUCAAGCCCCAGCCCCAGCUCGAAAAAAUACCUGAGAGGGUUGAGAAUCUGGAGUCCACAAUCAAAGUAAUGGCGCAAGGCCCUGCCCCAACCACCAGCGGUGAUAAUCCAAUGAAAGGGAAUGCCGAAAUCGGAACAGUCCAAAUGGACAUACGAGGCCGGGACCAAGAUAUCGCUGAACUCAAAGGAAAGCUGGACAAAAUGCAGCAUGCCAUGGAGAACCCCAAUGGAUUGGAGGAGGCACUGGAAUACAUGAAAAGGAUUGCGAACUCAGUCACUCUUCAAUCCAAAUGGCGUGGUCAAUUCACGAACAAAAUGUCAAGCCUUGAGGAUGAAGUGAAGGCUGCGGACAAGAAGCUUGAGGACAAGAUUUCUAUCAUCAAGAAGAUGGUGGACACCAUCGAGGAAGAACUGAGAACUUCCAACCAGCAGAUAGAGACCAACAUUUCGGAUCUUGGUGGCAAAUUGAAAAUGACGAAUGAACAGGUUGAGGGCAAGCUUUCUUCUAUUGAAAACGACCUCAAAUCGCUCAAUACAAAGCGACAAAAUGUCAACAAUAGCGCGUCGACUCGAUUUUUACAAAUUGGAACUGAUUUUGAAGCCCAAAUGGUGCACGCCACGGAGCAGAUUACCGCCCAAGAAGAUCUCCUGGCCUUACUCAGAGCCAAGCAACAAAACCUUGAUAACGGCGGCCAGCUCUCAUCAGAAGCAACCCCAACUCCCCACAGCGGGGUGCUUACAAGAGUGGCGUCUUUGGAAAGGAGAGUCCAGACCCAAGCAGACCUCCUUAACAAUAUCAAGAACCUCCAUCAGGACGUGGAUGUCAUCCGUGUGGCUGAGUUGACCGCUUUACGCCAGCACCAGGAGUCGAGCCAGACAUCACUGGAAACUAAACAGGAUGACACUUUGAAAAUGGUGGAAGAUCUGACCAGGAAAUCUGAGGAAAUGACCAACAAUCAGACGACACUCGCCGCGGCCCUUGACCAACUUAGGGCGUCCUUGCCAAAGGACUUGGAGCAGCUCCGAAAUCACCUUCAAAGUGGACUAAAUGGAUUCGAAAACCGCCUUGCUCCAGUCUCCGACCUUACUCAAGCUGUAACAAAGUGCGAGGGUAGAAUUGAAUCUCUCAACAGGGCCAUUCGCUCACUAGAAACACGAUAUACCAACAUCACUACAGGCGACUUAGUCAAUUCUAUGGCACAUGCCAUGCAGCAAAUGUACCCCUCUGUUGAUCAACUGAGUCAACAAUUGACGGCCUACCGAACUGAAAUUGAAGCCAAAAUUUCUGCGCUCAAGACAGAUGCAGACGCGUUCAAGGUGGACAUAGAGACGUUCAAGGCAGAUACGAACCGAUUUAAGACAGAUACACAAAAGGCUCAGGCCAGCGCAGAGAUGUCUCAAGCAGCACAGGUGUCACCCGAGCAGCUCCAGACUUUGACUCAGUUGCCGACUUUGCUCCAACAGGUCAAAGACCUUUCUGACAAGCUUGUACCGAUCGAGAGACUCAUCAGCGAGCAUAGUGAUGAGUUACAGAAGAACCUUGAACUGCGGAGCGAAUUACACAACAGAAUCACCGCUCAAGACGACACCAUCGGAGGCAUUGUUCAAAAGGGCGAUGACCAGGAUGAAAAAAUUGAAACCAUCACCGAGUCCACGAAAAAGAUCGACCCAUUGAUCAAUACGGUUGAUGCUCACAUCUUGCAACUGGAAGAGGUUCGACAAACGAUCGACAAGUUGACUAAAGCCGCGGCGGAGGGAAACGCUACAGCGUGUGAUGACCUGGACAAGAUCAGGAUACGGCUGGAAAGCCUGGAAGGUCGGAGCGAAACCGAAGAUGAAGUUCUUGACGAACUCCGGACACAGCUGGAAGACUUGAAAGAUCGGAACACAACCGAUGAUUGCGAUUUCGGCAAACUCAAGGAACAGGUGAAAGCCCUUGAAGACCGGAAACCACCGGUAUCACUAGAAGAAUUCACUGAGCAGGGGGAUACGGUGAAGAUGUACAUCAAACGUCUGAGGAAUGCCGAAGACAUUUUCAAGGCGCUUGGAGCAGGAGCAAAGAUUUCAGAGAUGGUCGAUAAACUAUUGGAGGAGCACGGCGAUGGGGAGGAAACUUCUCCAUCCCAAACUCCUCAACCCCAACCAAACGACCGUGCUUUUACUCCGAAGCCUACGGCAACACCCAAGACAGUCCCUAAGGACCCUAGUAUAGGUGGAUAUCAGAUCCAGCACAAUGGGAACGGUCAGGCCGACAAUCCCACACCAAGCGUUUCGAAGUCAAAUCACUCUGCGAUACAAGCUGGACAGUCCCCACAAACCCUCAGUGGGCUAAGCAACCGUCACCAAUCGCCUUAUUCUGGCAAAUCCGCCGAACCUCGUCAGGUUCAACAUUUGAAAGGAAAGCGACGAGUGUCCUCUGUAAUAGACUCUGAUGACGAAAGAAACACAACCGAAUCCUCUUCGGUGGUUGAGUCUUCGCCGGCUCCCAGCUCUUCUGCCCCGUCAUCUUUUGCUCCGGGCUUCAGCAAAAAGGACAAGAAGGCGGCAAAGAAGAGAGCGGAGCAGGCAGAAGAGAAUCCCAAGGCUUCAAACAGACCAGGCAAGAAGCGAAAGCGGAGCAAGCAGGAUGCCUGA